AUGAUUUUCGCAACCCGUCAACUUCAGGAGAAGUGCCAGGAGAUGCGGACCCACCUGUACUCUACCUUCGUGGACCUGACGAAAGCCUUCGACACGGUGAAUCGUGAAGGACUGUGGAAGAUCAUGCAGAAAUUUGGCUGUCCCGAGCGAUUCAUCCAGAUGGUGCGUCAGCUGCACGACGGUAUGAUGGCGCGAGUCACGGACAACGGAGCUGUCUCAGAGGCAUUCGCAGUGACCAACGGAGUGAAGCAGGGAUGCGUACUGGCAUCUCUGCAGUCAACGGCGGAUGCACUACCAAUCGCGUGUAUUCACAUCCACCGUUCACGAACUUCUCUUCGCCGACGACUGCGCCCUCAACACCACCUCGGAAGCGGACAUGCAAAGGAACACGGACCCCUUCUCCGCCGCCUGCGAGGACUUCGGUCUGAUCAUCAACAUGGAGGAGACGAUGAUCAUGCACUAACCGCCACUCAAUACAGCCCCUCCCCACAAUGCGCCGAAGAUCAGCGUGAACGGAACCCAACUGCAAGUGGUGGACAACUUCCCGUAUCUGGGCAGUACCCUUUCUUGCAGCACCAAAAUCGGCGUCGAAGUAUUCUGCCGGGUUUCAAAGGCCAGUUAAGACUUUAUCCACCUUUGAAACACAGUUUGGAAUCGUCACGGUCUCCAGCUCAGCAGAAAGUUGAAGGUGUAAAAGGCCGUCAUCCUCCCGACGCUGUUGCACGGAGCUGA